CUGGACAUUAUCGUCAUAAAAUCCCUAGUUGAUCAUCUACGGAUUGUAAAAGUGUAGUCACUUUUGCGAAACAUUGUUUGUUUCUGUGUCAUCAAGAAAAUGAACAAAACUUAAAAAAACUGCUUUGGUUACCGUGUUACUGAUUACAUCCGAAGAAGGAAAUAAGUUAUUAAUUUGGCAUCUUAAAAAAUCUCUGGAGAUCUCAAUCAAUCACGAUAAAUGUGAGGAAACAUUUUUACGAUGUCUCGUAGAAGCUAAACACAAAGAGGUACUAACUUUGCAAGCCAAAAAUAUAAACAAUAACAAUGCCGAAAUACUACUGUGACUAUUGCGAUACUUAUUUAACACAUGAUUCCCCUAGUGUGAGGAAGACACAUUGCACGGGUAGAAAACACAAGGAUAAUGUCAAGUUCUAUUACCAGAAAUGGAUGGAAGAGCAAGCACAACAUUUGAUAGAUGCCACAACCGCCGCUUUUAAAGCUGGCAAAAUAGCAAACAAUCCUUUCGCUCAGCCUGGAAAAGGGGGUGUUGCUAUACCACCACCUGCACAACUUACGAUGGGCCAAAGACCUGGCGGACCAGGAGGUCCAGGCAUGAUGCCACCUGGAGCUAUCGGACCUGGUGGACCAAUGCCUCCGAUGAUGAUGGGCCCGCACGGACCCAUGCCUCCCAUGAUGGGAAUGCGUCCUCCAAUGAUGGGAAUGAUGCCCAUGGGCCCAAUGGGACCAAUGGGCCCUGUUCGACCGCCAAUGGGACCCCCACAAAUAAAAAACUGAUUAUUUGAUAGAGAAGUGUAUUCGAGUUGUUGAAUAUCAAGUUGAAUGAAUGUAAUUUAAUAUUAGAAAAUAAAUAUAAGAUGUAAAUGCUUUUU